UUCCCAGCAUUCUCUCCUACGAUUUUAUUUUUUAUAAAUCCCUCUCUCUCUCUCUCACCUUCUACUCUCUUAAACCCUAGCACCCGAGAUUCCGACACUGAGAGAUCAUAAGUAUUUCACUUCUUCUCCACCGACAAGCACUCGUUCAGUACUUGUUGCCCACCGCUUCUUCCUCCUCUGCUCUGCCUAGCCUUGUACCUCUUGAUGUUUCUAGCAAAGAUAUCCAAGCCAUUUGAGGGGGCUUGCUUAUGUGGUGAAAUGGCCAACAACUCUCAGUCCUCUGGUUCACAGCCACUUCGGCCUCCUUCAGUUGGAUCCUUGGGUCCUCAAAGUUUUGGUUCAUCUUUAUCUAUGCAAUUUCGGCCAGUUCCAACACAGCAAGGACAGCCAUUUGUUCCACCGGCAUCUCAGCAGUUUCGGCCUAUGGGACAGGGGUUCCCCUCCAAUGUUGCAAUGCCUACUGGUCCAAGUCAGCCACUACAAUUUUCUCAACCAAUUCAGCAGUUACCUUCAAGGCCAACUCUGCCUGGUCAUGCUAUGCCAUCAUCACAGGGUAUACAACUGCCGUAUGGUCAGACAAAUAGGCCGCUUGCAUCUAUGCCACUGCAGUCUCAACAAAGUGCCCCUGCUUUAGUGAAUCAUAUGCCUGGCUCAGGAAUACCUAUCUCUUCAUCAUAUACUUUUGCACCAUCUUCUUUUGGCCAGCACCAAAAUAAUAUUAGUGCAUCGUCCCAGUUCCAGCCAAUGUCUCAAAUGCCUGCACCUGUUGUACCUGUUGCAGGGCAACCUUGGAUGUCCUCUGGAAGUCAGAGUGCAGCAUUUGCGACACCAGUACAGCAGACUGGUCAACAACCUCCAGUCAUUCCUUCUACGGAUUCUGCAGUAAAUGUCCCUAGCCUUAAUCAACAGUCCGCAUCUGAUUGGCAAGAGCAUUCAUCUGCUGAUGGGAGAAGAUAUUAUUACAACAAGAGGACGAAACAGUCUAGUUGGGAGAAGCCACCGGAAUUGAUGACCCCAAUUGAGAAGGCUGAUGCAUCAACUGUGUGGAAGGAGUAUACCUCUCCAGAGGGAAGAAAGUAUUAUUUCAACAAGGUUACUAAGGAAUCUAAAUGGACAAUUCCAGAGGAAUUGAAGUUGGCUCGUGAACAGGCUCAAAAAGCAGCUAGCCAGGGAACACAAUCAGAGCCAAGUGUGACCUCUCAUGCCCCAGAUGUCACUGUCUCCUCAGCUGAAACAUCUGUGGCAACUAUCUCAGUUAGCUCCAGCACUACUUCAACAUUAGCUGGGGUGGCUUUGAGCCCAGUUCUAGUGACACCUGUCGUUGCAGUUUCUAAUCCUUCCCCUGUGCUUUCUGGAUCAUCAGCCGUUUCUAGUGCACAGCCUGCUGUACCAGCAAGUGCAGUUGGUAACCAACCUCCUGUACUGGCUGCUUCUCCAGUUAGUGCUGUUUCAGGAAGUACUGGAGUUCCUGCUGCUUCAAUCAAUGCCAACCCAGCAUCAACGAGUCAUUUUGAAAACCUAAUAUCUCAGGACUUUCAAGGUUCUGUUGAUGGAGCUUCUGUACAAGAUAUUGAGGAAGCAAAAAAAGGAAUGGCAGUUGCUGGAAAAGUUAAUGUGACUCCUUUGGAGGAGAAAAUGCUUGAUGAUGAACCUUUGGUGUAUGCCAGUAAGCUGGAGGCAAAAAAUGCAUUCAAAGCUCUACUGGAAUCUGUUAAUGUGCAGUCUGAUUGGACUUGGGAGCAGGCAAUGAGAGAGAUAAUUAAUGACAAAAGAUAUGGUGCUCUGAAGACACUUGGCGAGCGGAAGCAAGCAUUUAAUGAGUACUUAGGUCAAAGGAAGAAACUGGAGGCAGAGGAGAGGCGCAUGAGGCAGAAAAAAGCUCGGGAAGAAUUCACAAAGAUGUUGGAAGAGUCCAAAGAACUAACAUCAUCCACCAGAUGGAGCAAAGCUGUUAGUAUGUUUGAAAAUGAUGAACGAUUCAAGGCUGUUGAACGAACUAGAGACCGGGAGGAUCUUUUCGAAAGCUACAUGGUGGAACUCGAGAGGAAGGAAAAGGAAAAGGCUGUGGAGGAUCAUAGGCAGAAUGUAGCAGAAUACAGGAAAUUUUUGGAAUCCUGUGACUUUAUCAAGGUAAAUUCACACUGGCGAAAAGUUCAAGAUCGCUUAGAAGAUGAUGAAAGAUGCUCACGUCUUGAAAAAUUGGACCGUUUGCUCAUUUUCGAGGACUAUAUACGUGACCUGGAGAAGGAUGAAGAGGAGCAAAAGAAGAUACAAAAGGAACAAUUGAGACGGGCUGAGCGGAAAAACCGUGAUGAGUUUCGCUUGCUGAUGGAAGGACAUGUUGCCACUGGCAUUCUUACAGCUAAAACUCACUGGCUUGAUUAUUGCUUAAAGGUGAAGGAUUUGCCUCAAUAUCAAGCCAUUGCAUCAAACAUCUCUGGUUCCACACCAAAGGAGCUAUUUGAGGACGUUGCUGAAGAAUUAGAGAAACAGUAUCGUGAUGACAAAGCACGUAUCAAGGAUGUAAUGGGGAAGCUUACCUUUUUGGCAACAUGGACGUUUGAAGACUUUAAGGAGGCCAUUAUUGAAGAUGUCGGUUCCCCACCAAUUUCAGAUAUCAACUUAAAGCUUGUGUUUGAGGAGUCAUUAGAGAGAGCCAAGGAGAAGGAGGAGAAGGAAGCUAGAAAGCGUCAACGUCUUGCCGAUGACUUCACAAAGCUAUUAUACACAUUCAAGGAAAUUACUGCAUCUUCUGUUUGGGAAGAUUGCAGACCACUUUUUGAAGAGAGCCAAGAAUAUAGAUCAAUUGGGGAGGAGAGCUUUAGGAGGGAGAUUUUUGAGGAAUACAUUGCAAACUUGCAGGAAAAGGCUAAAGAGAAGGAGCGCAAGCGUGAGGAGGAAAAGGCCAAAAAAGAGAGAGAGAGAGAGGAGAAAGAAAAGCGGAAGGAGAAAGAAAGAAAGGAGAAGGAGAGGGAUCGUGAAAGAGAAAAGGGGAAGGAACGAUUUAAGAAGGAUGAAACAGAUGGUGAAACCAUAGACGUGAUUGACAACCAUAGCUAUAAGGAGGACAAGAAAAGAGAAAAAGACAAAGAUAGGAAACACCGGAAGAGGCACCAAAGUGCCACAGAUGAUGUAAGUUCUGAUAAGGAUGAGAAGGAAGAGUCUAAGAAAUCACGCAGACAUGGCAGUGACCAUAUAAGUUCUGAUAAGGAUGAGAAGGAAGAGUCUAAAAAAUCACGUAGACAUGGCAGUGACCGCAAAAAGUCAAGAAAGGCGGCAACAUGCAUACUCACCUGAAUCAGAUAGUGAAAACCGGCAUAAAAGACACAGGAGAGAGCACCGGGAUGGUCGAAGAAGUGGAUAUGAGGAACUUGAAGAUGGUGAGCUUGGUGAGGAUGGGGAAAUCCAGUAGCCAUAUAUUCCAUUCUUAGAGAUUGCUAACAUUCGCUUAGUUCAUUAUAAAUGCUAGCUAAGUACUUUUGACAAAGUAGGACUAAGAAUUGCUUCACUGAUCAGCUGUUCAAAGAAAAAAGAAACAGAUACGGUUUGUAUAUUAGAUUGGAUAUUAGAUGCAUCUUAUAUUCUUAAAAUGUUUCUGGUUCUGUUUCUAUGGAAUAGUGUUCAUUGAUUUGAUUAUAGGAUUUUGAUCGUAUGCAAAUGUUAUAGUACAUUUUCAAGCAUGUUGAUUAUUGGGUUUUGGAAGUGACAAAUUAUGAAUACGAGGAAUCUGGAUGUUUAGUGUCGAA